AUGAAGACCAAGGCAAAAACCCACUUCAUUGGCCUCAGUAUUAUCCUCAUCAUUAAGGAUGGUGACUGCGAAGUCAUCGAAGUCCUCGAUUUGGAAGACGAACUCGACCAACCUAUUUCAGCAGACGAUUGGUGCUCACCCAGUGUCACUGUUUUGGACUUUGAAGAACAGGAGACCAGCCCCUCACCCCAUCCGACUGCGCACGACGGUUGGUUUCAUGACGUUGUAUGGGAGCCUUCUGACACCAUUUGGCCACUGGCAAUCAAAGAGAAGGUCAUUCACCGACUAGAGCGGCUGUCUGAGAUACUGCCUGUGUGGCCUGUACUGGAGAAACCCACUGGUUUCAUAUUGGAUAUUUCAGACCCCAUGCACCACCUAUACGAGAUGGAAAAAGAUGGCAAAUGGCACCCUACACCUGACUAUCUAAUCAAACACUACGAUAAUGACUCGUGGAAGAGCCAAAGUGGAAGAGAUGUAAGUAUGGUGGUUACAUUUGAGCUGGGUUCUGAGGCUGAGCCAUACUUCCACACCAGGAACAAAUGUAAAGGUGCUUGGCAUUGCACCUACCUCUCAGAGGAUCUAGUCAGCGUUGGUAGACGCGAUGUUCUGCCUGUUCAUCAAGAACGAAUUGCCACAUUGCAGGCCACAAUGCGGCAAGCUGACGGUUCUACCCCAGAAAGUAGAGCAGCGAUUCACGCCUUGGUGUUGUCCAAACCCUGUUGCGCAGUGGAUCCAAGUACUUCAGCACAGUGCAAGAGUCAUCCCAAGAUUAGGGAAGAAAUUGAUAGUUUUGGAGUUUUGCACCACUUUGUUGGUUGCUCUGGCUGGCAGAGUGACUUCAAAGAAGGACAUCGUAGAUCACCCGUUCCACCCAAUAUAGAUGUCACUCUACUCAGAAAGUGCCUCGAGCACAUCCGUCUCAGAGACGGAAACAGUAGAGACAUGCCUCCUUGUGGAAUGGUCAUAACAUCAUGCAUAGGCAAAAAGAAGGAGGUCUGUCCUUUUGUUCAUAUUGUGGAUGGUGAACAAGUCACUGCUGUGAUGGUUCCAUUGGAAUGCAAGACACAGAUGACCAUUUAUGUUCCCAAAGACAAAAUGAUCAAGAAGGCACUUGUUUUCCUGGGUGACAUUGCACACACCCAUCCUGUUCCACUGCUUCGUAAAGCUACUCAGGAUAUCAAGCUCAUGUUUUCAAAGGUGGUCCAGCAACAUGGCGUAUUGGGUGCGACUGUCUCCAAGAUCGAGGCAUUGGCCAUCACAAAGCACAAGUUUGGUGGAAAAACUCCAGUGGCCCUUCACCCUGCGCUGGCAAAUAAUCACUUAAAAUGCAACUUGAUCAAGGCUGAGAAAGCCAAGGCCUUUCCCCUAGGAUUGGGAUUAACCGGGGCUUAUGACCUAUUCUAUCGUGACAAGGACCUGGAGCCAGAUCAGCGAUACAUACAUAUGCAUCAGGAUAUCGAUGGAACCCUCCUCAUCCUAGCCGCCUUCAAGGGCUUAUUGAAGUUUAUCCAUCAAGUAACCUCAUUUGAGGUCGACAUGACAUUUCAACAAGUUCAGAAAGUCCUUGUCCAGAAAACCACAAACAAGGAAGAAGUUCUAGAGAUCAACAAAUGGCAGAUGGUUAUUUAUUACAAGCCCGUUCAGCGAGCACUUACGAUAAUGGAUGUCUACACAAACCGUUCUGACGCUGCUUCCUACGAGAAACUAUUUGAUGCUGUUCAGAAGGUCACACUUGAACUCACCGGCCAAUCCAUAGCUUUCAAAUGGCUAUGCCCCGAGGGAAAUUUACUGGCAAUGGUGGUGGAUAUGGAGAUAGCACAGAUGCAGGGUGCAGCAGCUUCGUUUGCAAAGACCCAGGUGCCUUUGCACAGCCCGUUAGAUGGAAGCAGGCCCAAGUCCUUCCCUCCAUACUUUGUCAAGUUGCAUAGUCUAGACAAGGCAGACUAUGACUACAUCAUCAGCUAUAUGGAUCACAUCAAGACAAAGCAAGAUCUCGAAGAUUUUCAUUGGAAUAUUCUUUCCUUAAAGAAUGCUAAACUGACAGCUUGGUGGAAGCAUAAACGAUCGAUAUCUUGGAUACUUCCAUGUACGAUUUGUGGUCUCUCUCCUGUGGGGGAGGAAGAUUGGGAUGCUAUGCCUAACCACACCAAUGCCGGUGAGGGGCAACAUGCAUGGACAAAAAGGUUGACUGACAAGCAUCACAAACUUGUCAUGGCAAUCAAAACAUAA